UUUUCAGUCGCGUGUGUACGGCGCGCGCGGCUAGUGCAUUUUGUGUGUUUCCUAUUGUUUUAUGUUCUUUUUUCGAAAUUUUCCCGCGCGCUCCUGUCAACUUUCCGCGGAGUUCGUCUGAUACAUUUUCUUUCAGGCCAUUGUAAAUAGGAAAGGACAAAAGACGUUUGUUUAUGUUUGAAAACUGUGCUUGUUUCGACUUUUAUUGUGUUCGUAUCCCAACAGGAGUGUGUGUGGAGUGACAAUAAGGAUUUAUUGUGAAAAACUGUGACAUUGUGUUCAUAAAUUUUGCCGCGUGCUCAUGAGUUUGGAUAAAUUAAUUUAAGGCAAUGCACCUCUGAAGACUGAUUAAAUAAUUAAGAAGUUUAAGAAAUGAUAGAUCCAUGAAGCUUAUUAUAAGAACCGGCUCGCUUUGGGUUGUGGUCCUGGUAGGGGUCCAAGCAUUGCAAUGACUACUGCGAUGGCCGCACACCAAGAUUCUAUCCAUGAGAGACUUCAACCGGCACCAGAAGAACCGCUAUAUCUCCGCCAUGGAACGCCAACUUGGCCCGAAGCUAAUGACAACCAAGAAGAUCACAGCGCCGACUUAUCUCCGUACUACAACAUGCCCAAACGGAACAAAAGAAAGAACUUCAAGCCUCGAUGCGCUCCUAACACCUCAGCAUUUUCUGAUGACUCGAACGAAGGAAACUGCGAGGACACGAGGAGUUCAAUCAACGGAAAUGAGAGAACUACUCCUGAACACAUAGAAGAUGACAAAGAAGACGGAGGCUACGCUAAAAUCGGCGUGAAGAACUUUAACCUACUGAAAGGAGGUGCUGUAGAUCUCAGUAGAAGAUUAAGCACAGAUUCAAAUGAGAAUAUAGAAUCGAAUUACCAAGACAGGUUAACAGAAAACAAAAAGGUAGAUUCUUUUCAGAGAUCCUACAUCCACAGCCUUCAGAUGACCCAAGCUAGUGAAAACGAUAGGACCGUGUUAAACUUUAGUAAUUUACAAAACAAAACAUUUUGUGCCAAAAAUCCAUUUGCUAUAUCACAACUAAUCAAAACAAACUCUCCGCCGAGGAGAAGGGACUCUGAUUCCGAUGAAGAUAAAGGGCAGGACAUAAACGCUAAUGAAAGGUUAGAAAAUCAAGAGUCGAUAGAAACCGAUGCCCAAUCUAAUGGAGACACGAACAAUGCUACAAACAGAAUCUUGAGAGAUUACGCUAUGAAUACAAUGAAGGAAUUACUCGGGAUUUACGGUUUAUCUUCUAAUGAAGUCGCUGAGGCCAUAAGUGGACAGAUAAGGGCUUUAGAAGCACUUCAAGGUAAACCUUUCACCCAACUACCGCUUAGUUUGAAGAGGCGCCACGACUCAACACUGGAAGACGGCACCGAAAGAAGUAUCAGAAGAUCUUCGUCGGCUACCGAGGAUGAGGACUCUACGAAUAUUACACCACCGAAGACACCGGAUAACGAAUUGCAAGCACAAAGACAAAGAGCUUUACAAAUAAUCAACCAACAAUCAAUGAGGCUGUUUAAUAGAUCUCAGGCCCAGGAGGAAGACGGCAGCGGAUCUGAUGACGGAGAUCAGACCCUCGAUUUGAGUGUGUCCAGGGACACAGAUGGACAAGAACAGUCCACAACGUCGAGUGCGGGAAACAGUGUAUCAGAGUUCGAACAGCAAAACAUGCUGAUGAGGAAGAAUCUCGAAGAUCUGGCCAAUCUGCAGAUGCAGGGCUACUUCCAGAAGCAAUCGUUGGACGCUGAUGAUUCGCAAGAAAGAAAACUUCAAGCCAGUGGUCUUUUAAGCGCGCUGAAUCAUUUGGACCAAGCCCGAAAGAACUCUUUGCAGACGACCGUAGAUUACUCUAGAUACGUUAAGAGGUAUGGAUCAACAUUGGAAUGCGGCUCAUCGUAUUGCAAAGAUCUCGGUUACCGAGAGCAUUUCCAUUGCAUGGACUGCACUGCUCGGGUUUUCUGCAAGAAAGAAGAGAUGAUACGGCAUUUUAAGUGGCACAAGAAACGUGACGAAUCUUUAGCGCACGGAUUCAUGAGGUAUUCCCCGCUGGACGAUUGCUCGGAACGGUUCGCCGAUUGUCCACACAACAGAAGUCAAACGCAUUACCAUUGCAUACAAGACGGCUGUGAUAAGGUGUACAUCUCGACGUCAGACGUGCAGAUGCAUGCGAACUACCACAGAAAGGACACUGCGAUCCUCCAGGAAGGCUUCCAGAGGUUCAGAGCAACCGAGAGCUGCACGGCCUCUCACUGCAUCUUCGCCGGGCAAAGGACUACACAUUUCCACUGCAGGAGACCUGGAUGCACUUACACUUUCAAGAACAAAGCGGAUAUGGAGAAACACAAGACGUAUCACAUCAAAGACGAGGCUCUGUCCAAAGACGGCUUCAAGAAGUACAUGAAGAACGAGGCGUGUCCGUACCGGGACUGCCGGUUCAGCCGGACCUGCAACCACAUACACUGCAUCCGCCCGCACUGCAACUACGUCCUGCAUUCCAGCAGCCAGAUCUUCACACACAAGAGGAAACACGAGAGGAAGGAACAAGAAAUGAGCUUCGGACUGCCGACGUCGGUCAUCCAAUCGGCUUUGAUGCAGCAAGGAGCUGACCUCAGCCUGUACUCCCCCGGGAACCUGCACAUCGACGAUGAUAUCUCAAAUCAGAUUAUGGACUCUGAUUACUCGCUUCCUUUCAACCCCGCAAUAGUCGAGGAGGUAUCGAGGAAGUUCAUUGAGACGUUCACCGGGGGCAAGGAUGCUGACGAUAAGUGCACCAAGUGUAGCGCCUUCAACAAGCACUACCAUUGCGCGGCGGACGGAUGCAAGAUGGCGCACAGUUGUCACACGACGAUGGUGAAGCACGCAAUGGAACACGAACAACAGAACCAGGUGACCGAGGCGUACUUCGUGAUGUACUCGAGGGGCAGUCCGUGCGGGAACUCGGCCUGUCAGCACAUCCGGGACAUCACGCACUACCACUGCACUUGGGAAAAUUGCGGUGCAGUAAUCUUGUCGUCCGAAGAGCAUCCAUUCAGAAGACUAGAACACCACCGUCAGCAUGCGAUUCUCAGCCCAAUGUCCCCUAAUUUAGCGGCUAGAUUCGCUCCUAACUUUACACCUCAACUAACUGCUCAACUACACCCGAACAUGGCUGCGCAGCUCGGACAAGUUCCAAGUUUGCCAAAUCUCCCUCCGAACUUGGCUCAAUUGGCCCAAAUGGCGCCGAGCCUUGGACCGCAGCUGACACCAAACCUGCAGGCGCAACUUAACCUUGGGCCCAAUCCCGGAGUAGUGCCUCAGCAAGUCAAUCCCUCAAGUUCCCUGGACGAAAUGUUUAGUAGGAAGCGAGGAAGGCCGCCGAAGAAUAGAGUCGUCGAAGUCUGGACUGACAAUAUCACGCCUCAAGCGAUAUUCACGUCAUUCAAGCUCCCUAAAAGCAAUCAGAUGCCUUCGGUUAUACCGUCGCCCAUCAUCGCCACGGUCGAAGAAUUUCCGCGCAUCAAAUUCCACCACUUCGAGGUGUUCACGAAUUUGGACGGCUGCAGCCAAUAUUACCCUAACUGUCAACUGAGAAUGACCAGGAUCCACUUGCAUUGUUUCAACUGCAGCUUCUCUGGCGAAACCUACUCCAUCAUGGAGACGCACAUGAGAGAAUCUCACUCGAUCUCCCCCCUAAUUGAUGGAUUCGAUCACUUUCCCUCGUUUGACCAUUGCGGUGGGAAAAGCUGCUUCAAGAACCAGUUGCGGUCCCAUUUCCAUUGCGCCCAAGGGAACAAUUGCCCAGCUAUCAUAACCCAGUACUCCGUGCUGGCAACGCAUAAGCACGGACGCGGCACUCCUGUGAUCAAGAGUGAAUCCGAACAAGAUAAAUCUUUCGAAGAAGCCAGAGAUUAUUCUUUAAAAGAGAGAGCGUCAGUGGACAGUGUAGGUUCGACGAAAGAGGCCGAUAUAUACGCAGCAACGAAUUUCACAAUCAAAAGCGAAUUCGAAAGGGAACAAGAUAACGUUUCUGUAGUAAAAGCGACGGGCACGUUUUACCCGUCGUCACAUUUAAGAAGCAACGCUUCCUCUCCAUCCCCGAGGAGCAUCUACGAUGCGUCUCCAUCGAAAGACCUCAAGCCUCGCGUAGACUUUGAGAAGAAGGCCUUCGAGCCUCACAAGAGUACCGGGCCGACCAUACCACCCUCGUGCCACGACCAGACCUGUCCUUUGAACAAGUCUGCUGGAGGGAUGAACCUCCACUAUCACUGUCCUCAUUGUAGUCAGGCGUACGUGGAUCUGAAGCUACUGUUCAGUCAUAUGAUGAAGAAGCACAGUAACAACGAGUCAGCACCCGCCGGAUUAGCAGCCACCAAGGAGACGUUGGAGAGGGAGUAUCCUGAAAUAUCGAUUCUGCCCUCGACGGCUUCUUCAUCAGCAAGCCAGGCCCCUUCACCCAGCCAGAGACAACCCAACCCUGCUGAUCAGGUCCAAGCUGUCCACAGUCUCCUCCUACAGCAGUACCUAGCCGGGGGCCGGAAGGGCAGUCUCCAGGACCAGCUGAAGAUGCAGCAGCAGUACACAGCCUCUCUGGCGGGCCUGCCGGGCCUGGCUCAAGUGGCCCUCUUCUCUCAGGGCGGGCCUCCGUUUCCGCUUUACCCAACGAUGCUGUACCCACCGGAUCUGCUACUUGAGCAAAGUCUCAUUCAGGGACACGGCCUGCACCCCGGGAUGGACAAGGAAGCCGAAAUGAUCGCUAAAUCUCGUCGGACGCACACGGCCCGCGGUCCACACAUGCGCGUACUGAAGGACGAGCCCAUCCCCGAGGGCUACCUGCGAUUCAGAUUCAACGAGGACUGCGCUUAUCAAAACUGCGGAUACAGGGAACAUCAAACUCACUUCCACUGCACUCGCAAGGACUGCGGAUAUUCCUUCUGUGACAAGACCAGAUUCGUGCAGCACACCGCCAGACAUGAGAGAUUGGACACGUUGAUGGGAGGUGAUUUCCAGCAAUACAGAGCCAACGUCUAUUGUCAGAGGCCGGAGUGUCCGCAUGCUUCCACGUUCGGUACAGGCCAGAACAAGGCAUCGCAUUUCCACUGUCUCAAGUGCGACUUCGUUUGCACGGACACAAACAAAGUGGUCGCUCAUCGUCGCCAGCACCAGAAGCUCGAUUCCAUUCAAGCGGCAGGCUUCGAGAAAUUUCCGCCCAGCAAAGGUUGUGGAUACGAACCGCAAUGUAUUCACAGUAAGAAGCAAACCCACUAUCACUGUCUUCAGUGCGGUUUCGCUGUGCUUGGCCUCUCCCAGAUGACGUCACACAAGUACAAACAUCAAGAAGCAAAUCUAGGACCCUCGACCAGCGGCACCAACUGACCAAGAGGCAUACUCACAAAUUUGUAUCUGAAACUAAAUCGGAAAAUUACACUGCACGUCUAUCGCCAAAGUGACGAUUACAAGUUUCGUACUAAAACAGUAACGAGAGUUUAGUAGUUUUUUUCUACUAAUCUCCCAAAAAAAAACUUUUAGAUUUAUAUGAGUGACUGUUUUACGUAGAUGUGUGUGUGUCCCUCAAUAAAAUCGUGCCUUAGAUGCAAAUUAAAUUAUGGACCGAAAAUAAGUGGCAAAUCAUGUGCCAAAUAAAACCGUAAAUCUUAUGAAUGUUAAAACAUAAAGCAAUUUAUUAUGACUUAUAUAUGUAUUGAAAACUAGUAUUUACAUGCCAAGUGUGUAUUUAGGUAGUAAAGUAUGGAAAACAAGCGUGUGUGUUAUAGACUAACGCAUGUUCUUAUAAAAUGUGUAUUUCCUAAACCCUGACCAAUCUUAGGUUAGUUUAUAUUGAGAAAAAAUAUUUAUAUUUAUUAUUACCCCCCCAAUAAAAAAAGACAUUUUUACGAAUAGUAUUAUUAAUGUAGACUUGUCGAAAAAUUAGGGCAAAUUUAUUUUUUGGGUUAAAAACACCGGUUUGUGCCUGUACCGUUAAUGUCAUGACAAUAUUAUGCAUUUCCAGUAGAUUCUGGUGGUAAAUGAUUACGUAGAAACAUUUAUUACUGUCAGAAACUAUUGCAAAUAAUAUUUAAUAGUUCUUAGAAUCCGCACACGAACAAGUGUAAACGUAAAAAAAUUCUAAAAGUGAUUUUAAGAUUAAGAAUCAAAAAGAGAUACAAAAAAUAUAUUUAAUAGGAGAGCUAUUUAAUAAUAAUAUUAUAAUUAAAAAGAAAAUGUCAAUUCUAUAACAAAAAUUCGAUGUAAAUAAGAUUAGGAUUAUAUAAAAUAUGUUAGAAAAAGGAAUGUAUUUGUUAAAAAUAAAAAAUAAAAAAACAAAAUGGUAUAAAAUAUUAUGUGUAAUCAUACUGAACUAAUGUACAGUGAAAAGAGAGUGCUAAUUUUGGUAAUUCAUGAGGUAGCCAUAUAAUGCCAUAAAUUCAUUGUAAGUGUAUCUUUUUUUUUUUUUAAUUAGUUGUCUAUGAAACAGUAUUAGUCUCAAUGAAACAUCCUUCAGACCUUUUGCAUUCCUAUAAUAUUCCUAGCGCCCAGUUUAGUUCUUAGUGAAAAUUAAUUUUAACAUUACAUGUAUCCCUCAACGUUUAAACUAUAAUUUUAAGAUCGAUUACUCUAAGCAAUCCCAUCUGAAACUGAUCGCGUAAAAAACAUAAAAACAUCGGAUAAGUUAUUGAAUAUACGACCUUAAGCCGCUGGCGUGGGGAUGUUUUUCCUUCGCAAAUCACUUUUGAACUCUUAAUUAGUAAUCAGUAUUUACUAGACUAAGCACUUCAGUUGUUCCUAUUAUUAAGUCACUUGCACUAUUUUCUACCAUAACUCACGUGUUGUUCUUGCAUUGGCAACACAGACUCAAACCAUCAAUGUAUAUUGAUUAAAUAAGUAAGUUAUUCAGUUUCUAAGCUGUCCACUUCCCAGUGUAUUUUUUUUUUAUUGUUCCUUCAAUUUUCUUAAUCGUUUCGUUGUAGUGCCAUAACGUUAUAGUCACAAAUUAUUCUCAAUAUAUUUAUAAUAGAUUUAUUUGAAGACUCUUUCGAGCGUCUCAAGACGAAGUAAAUGAAUUUUUAUUCUUUAAAUAAUGUAAUUAAUGUUUGAAAUAGUUUUUUUUUUCCAUAAAAUCCAAAACACCUAAACUCAUCAAUUUGUCAUUAUUUGUCCCUUUAUUAAUAAUCUUGAUAGUUAAAAAAAUUAAUGCAACAAAAAGACAGACAAUAAUGAUUGAUAUUUUUAUAAAAAUAAUAGAACGUUAAUUUUGUAGCUAUUUGUAUAUUAAAAAUAAAAUGGUACGGCAAAUGAAAUUUGCAAACACACAGAAUAAACCACGAGUCAUCCAUCAUACAUUUCUAACAAAAAAAAAACCUACCAUAAACUCAUAUUUCGUAAAUCAAUACCCAAUAUAUACGUUUUAUAAAUUGUUAUAUUUUGUUUUGUUAACUAAUUUUACAUUAUUUUUUUUGUUUCGAUCUAUCUCUGUCUCUCUCUAUCUCUAUGCUAUUUUCAUUUGACUCCUCCCUUUGAUAGUUUAAUCGCAUUAAGAGUACGUACGUAGCUUUAAUUGUAGUAUGUUUCUUGAUUAUUAAUGCAAUUACUGCAGUAUUUUGUUCGCUGCGUCGAGAGAUUGUGUUGCGAAUGUGUGUUCGCGCAGACUACCCGCAGGAUUCGUUUCCGUUUGUAAAAUGAGCGGCUGUUUUUUUUUUGUAUCACGAGAUUACAUUGGUUUAAUAUUAUUUAGUUUUGUUUACCUCAUGAGUUCUAGGAAU